AUGGCGACCAGCUUCUCUAUACAACCUAUUGGCCGCUUCUACAGCGCCAGCCAACCUGUUAAGCGACCAAAGGAAUUCGCCUGCUUCUCAUACGACGACAAUCAUGAGUUCCAUCUCGAUGACUCGUCUAUGCGCUACUAUUACAAUCCCACUAUAGGCGCCGACUUGUCCAAGGGCUACGAUACCUUUGUCAAAGCGGACGAGUCUGGCGAUGAGCACCUCGUCAGUCUGCUCAAGACCAUCCAGGCUCAUGAACAGAAGUCGGGACAGAAGAUUGAUGCUCAGCUCGUCACAUGGAGGGGCAUGAUGACCAAGAUCAUGAGCACGCCGUUUGACGACCGCGACGGGUUCGAGAUGAACGCGACUCUGUACCAAGUGCGCCGGCUUUCCCAACCAUCUCUCGAACAAGCCCCUUGGCCUGACUUCAUCGAGGAGAACAACGCCUACAAGAAAGCGUCUCAGCAGCAGCAGAACGCCCAACAACGACGCGGGCCCCAUGCGCCAGAAGUCAUGCAGUUCUGGGGCUACAAGUUUGAAACUCUAGCGACCCUCCCGAAGCCUUGGGGCGACACACCGCGCGAGUACAUCGAGAACCGCGAGGACGAAGUCGUCAACAACAAGGCCCAGUACUGCUCCGUCGUCCGCACCGGCAUCGGCGCGACGACCAUCUGCAUCGGCGGCGAGGUCGACGCCAUCUGGGACUCCAAGCCCGCGCAGCCCGGCACCCCCAUCAACUGGGUCGAACUGAAGACGUCCGUCGACAUUCGCUCCGACCGCGACGCCGCCACCUUUGACCGCAAGCUCCUCAAGUUCUGGCUGCAGUCCUUCCUCCUCGGCGUCCCGCGCAUCAUCGUCGGCUUCCGCACCCACGCCGGCAUCCUCGCGCGCGUCCAAGAGAUCCAGACGGCCGAGAUCCCCGACACGAUUGCCCGGCGGCCGAAUCCGCCGUGGAACGGGGACAUGUGCGUCAACUUUGCGGGCGAGUUUCUCGACUGGCUCCGGCAGACGAUCAAUGACGAUGGCGUGUGGAGGAUACGCAGGAAGCCCGGGUCGCCGACCAUCGAGGUCUUUCGCAUCGAGGAGGCGGGCCACGGCGAGAUCCUCACGGAUGAGUUUAUAAAUUGGCGGAUCAAGCUGUCCCUAGGACCUCCGCCAGCCGGAACCGAGUGA